AUGGCUUUCCGUUACGUCAUCUCCCUCUGCGCUCUGGUGGCCUAUGCCAAUGCCGGUCUGCUGGCCAGCCAUGUGGCCGUGGCUAAUCCUGCCGUGGAUGCUGUUGCCUCCACGCAGCAUAAUGUGGUGCGCUCCUUUGACGGCACCGUCUCCAGCUAUUCAAAGGCUAUCGAUACGCCCUACUCCAGCGUGCGCAAGACAGACACUCGCGUCCAGAAUAAUGUGUACACUCCGGCCAUUGCCAAGACCACCUAUGCAGCUCCUCUGUACACUCAGGCUACGCCUGUUGUGCACAAGGCUGUGUAUGCCGCUCCAGCUCCAGUUGUUGCCAAGGCUGUGUAUGCCGCUCCAGCUCCAGUUGUUGCCAAGGCUGUCUAUGCUGCUCCAGCUCCAGUGCUGGCCAAGACUGUCUCGUAUGCUGCUCCAGCUCCCGUGCUGGCCAAGACUGUCUCGUAUGCUGCUCCAGCUCCCGUUCUGGCCAAGACUGUUUACUCUGCACCCGUGAUUGCCAAGAGCUAUGCCGCACCAGCUGUCGCCUAUGCCACACCACUGGCCACCACCAAUGUGAACCAUGGACCAGCUGCCACCACCUAUACCCACAAUGCCCCCGCCCUGGGCGUCUCCAGCUACGGCAGCUCGCAGACCGUGCACUACUCGCCCGCCGAGAGCGUCUCCCACAUGAGCUUCGAUGGCUUCGGCACUCACUGGGGCUUCUAG